UUCAUUGUUCAGAUUCUCAAGAUAGUUGAUACUUUAUUUUAUUCAUGGCGGGUUUCAAUAAUUUGUAAUCUUCUUCAUCAAUUAUUUCCAUUUCUUAAUUCCCUGCCUAAAACAAAAACUUUAUAAUUCAACCUCGCCUUAUUUAUGCCCAUCACUGUCCUCCGUAUCAAUAAGAGUAUUUAUUAUUACUCUCUUGGUAUCUUAUUCUUCAAUUUUAGUAGUAUUAGUUAUUGUUUCCGUUGCUUCGGUUAUCAUAUUAUUUGUUUUUGCUACUAUUCUCUUUUUUCAGCAUGACUUCUUACUGUAUUUGCUUUGUAUGCUUGUUUUUUUCAUAUGCUUACUUGAGUCGAGGGUCUAUCUGAAAACCUCUCUCUACCUUCGCAAGGUACGAGUAAGGCCGCGUACGCACCACCCUCACCGAACCCCACUUGUGGGAUUACACUGUAAGCAUGGGGCUGAAAUCGUUUGUUGAAGUUCAAUUGGAUUCCCAGUUUCCUCUCGAGAACCUGCCCUAUGGUGUUUUCAGGCCUUCACCGGGUUGUGAAGCUAGAACUGGUGUUGCCAUUGGUGAUUACGUUUUGGACCUCUCUAUUAUUGCUUCUGCCGGUCUUUUUGAUGGUCCUCUUCUAAAAAAUUCCACUUGUUUCAAUCAGCCUAAUCUUAACAAGUUCCUGGAACUGGGACGACCUGCAUGGAAGGAAGCUCGUGCUACAUUACAAAAACUCCUGUCUGAUACUGAACCAACAUUGCGUGACGAUGCAAGUCUGAGGCAAAAUGCUCUUCAGCUUAUGGACAAGGUGGAAAUGCUUCUUCCUGUCGCAGUGGGAGACUACACAGACUUCUAUUCAAACAUAAAUCACGCCACGAAUUGUGGGCUCAUGUUCCGUGGCUCUGAGAACCCAAUUAAGCCAAACUGGUUUUGUCUUCCUAUCGCGUACCACGGACGGGCCUCAUCUAUUGUUGUAUCAGGCACUAACAUUGUAAGACCAAGAGGACAGGAUCGUCCAAAAGGGAAUUCACCACCAUAUUUUGGACCAUCUCGUAAGAUGGACUUUGAGUUAGAAAUGGCUGCUGUAGUUGGACCUGGAAAUGAACUCGGAAAGCCUGUAGAUGUUAAUGAAGCUGCAGAUCACAUAUUUGGCCUCGUCUUGAUGAAUGACUGGAGUGCUAGAGAUAUCCAGGGUUGGGAAUGUGUGCCUCUUGGUCCCUUUCUUGGGAAGAGUUUUGGCACAACUAUAUCGCCUUGGAUUGUGACCUUAGAUGCUCUGGAGCCUUUUGUAUGUGACGCUCCAAAGCAGAAUCCUCCUCCAUUACCAUAUCUUGCGGAGAAGGAAUCCAGAAAUUACGACAUAGAGUUAGAGGUUUUCAUUAAGCCUACUGGACAGGAACAAUCCUAUGCUGUCACAAAAAGCAACUUCAAGCAUUUAUAUUGGACAAUUUCACAGCAACUUGCUCACCAUACUGUCAAUGGUUGCAACCUAAGGCCUGGUGAUCUUCUUGGAUCCGGAACUAUGAGUGGACCUGAACCAGGAACUUAUGGAAGUCUUCUUGAACUAACGUGGAACGGAACAAAGCCACUGUCUUUAGGUGGCGUAACUCGUACAUUCAUAGAAGAUGGAGAUGAAGUUAUCUUCACCGGGUGUUGCAAGGGAAAUGACUAUACAGUUGGUUUUGGAAAAUGCUCUGGUAAAAUUCUUCCAUCACCAACCUGAGACCAUGAAUUUGUUACUCCAAUGUAGUCCCCUCCUAAAUCGUCGAAAUAAAUGAGUAUACGAGCAAACGCGUGCAUAAAAUUGUUCUACUUGUAACUUGUAAGGCGAACAAUGCAGUAUCACCAAUUCGAGCAAUAAAAAUUAUUCGAUUAUGGAAA